GCUGGACGUGCAAGUUAGUAAGCCGUUUAUCGAAAGUCUGCGUCCUGAAUUCAGUGACCUUAAAUGUAUUGCUUAUGAUUGAAAAAGAAACAAUUGAGGAUUACCUUAAAGCCUUUGUUAUUAGUGGGAAAAGCAUAUCAGUUUCUAGAUAGUUUGCUAAUCUAUGCUAAGCUGCUUUUUCUUAGCUAACUAUCGACUGUUAAUGAGAAGUUAUAGCUAGUUAGCUAACUUAGCCUAGCCGUACAUCCUGCACUUAACAAGCGAGUAUACUAGCUAACUAAAGUAACAGAGAGGUGCAAAAUAUGAGAGUUGACUGAUGAGGUAAAUGAGAGAGGUAUCUAGUCGAGCUGCGAUGGAUUUGAAGCCCUCCGCUACUGCAGUGAAUGUCCAUGCUGUGCCUCCAUAUGGACAUGUCAUCAUCAGCGCCAAGUGGAGGGGCUCAACACUAGUGCAGAGUUUUAAAGGGAGAGUUAAAACCAUCUUUGAGGAAGAGCUUGGUGUUGUGGACCUUCACCUCAGUAACAGAAGUUGCGUCCUGUAUGUGUCAGAGGGUGACUUGGUUGCAGGGAAUGACUAUAAGAGGAAAAUUGUCCGAUUCCGAAAUUCCAACAGCAAACUCAGUGGGAUUGUUAUAGUGGAGAAGACUCGUCUCAGUGAGCAGUACUUCAGCGGGCUGCAGAAGUUUGUGGUGUUGGAGCUGGGCUUAACCUUGCUUCCUGUUGCCAGUCCUGCUGAAGCUGCUCAGCUCAUAGAACAAAUGGUACAUGGAGAGAGCAAGGAGAGCCCAUUCCGCAAGAAAAGUAUGUCCAGACUGUUGGACCCAGUGGUGCUGAACCUGGUGCGGAAGAUCCCUGGGGUUGGUAAAGUGAAGGCCAUGGCCCUACUCGAGCACUUCUGCAGCAUCUAUGAAAUUAGCAACGCUUCAGUCCAGAAGCUGGAGCCUGUUGUGGGGCAGGCCACAGCUCGGCAGAUACGGGGCUUUUUCCACAAUCAGUUCAGCUGACAUUACUCCACAAAUCAACCUGAAUAAACUUUGACAAAGAACUUACCUUCUCACUUUAACAUGAUGCAAACCAAGUACUCUGAUAUUACAAUAAGGCCAUCCAAACCUGUAUAAUCACAACCAAGCAAAAGGAAGAAAAAGCUGACAGCCAACAACAAAUCAAGAUGCUGUAUAAAUAUUCCUUCUUUUCAAGGAGCAAUCAGUGGUAUUUCAUCCAUUAACACCAAAUACAUAGCUGAUCAUUUUGUCACUCUAAAGCUCAUAUGCCUUUAAGAGAAAAGGACCACAGCUGUAAGCCGUGUUUGUGUGUGUGUGUUUUUUCUUUGUAAGAUGUCUUUUUUUUGUAGAAAAAAGUGAAGUAAACAUAUUAAACAAUUAUUUAACUUU